GGAAAUAGUGUCGCCCCGUUUUGCGACUGUCCGUUUUACCCAAUGAUUGCAUCGAUUUCGAUUUGUACACCACACAACAUCGCACAUUCCAGACAGGAAGCAAACCUACAUUAAAAAUGUCAGCUCAGAAGUAUGUAUUCGACAUGGAAAUGACAUGUGGGGGCUGCACAAACGCAGCAAGAAAGGUUCUUGAAAAAAUUGGCGUCAAUAAGGAUGAUAUCGAUGCCAACCUUGAUGCCAAAACAGUAACGGUUACCUCAACCCUUAGUUCAGAUGAGCUACUAGCGGCACUUCAAAAGACAGGGAAAAACAUCACCUUGAGGGUGUGAAAAGUGAACAGUGAGACCUUUCUUGUCAGUAUUGGUGAAGGAACAAUUCAUUAUUCUACAAACCUGCUUCACUCUUAGAUAUUCAGCCUUCAGCUUCUUGGCAUAUACUCGAACAUUGGGGUUUUAUAGUGGCUAUAUUUUGU